AUGUCAAACCAGUUAAUAGCACACAACGGCAAAGUCCCCGUCGUCGCCAAAGAUGCUUUUAUUACACCGGGCGUAUACUUAAUUGGUGACGUCGAAAUUCACAGCAAGGCCAACAUCUGGUUUAAUGCCGUCCUUCGAGGUGACAUGGCCAAGAUAGUUAUUGGAGAGAACUCAAAUGUUCAAGACUGCUCUGUUGUCCACACUUCCAUUGAUAAGCCCACUAUAGUAGGAAAAGAUGUUACUGUUGGUCAUUCCGUCAUUCUUCACAGUUGUGAAAUAGGUGACGGCAGUUUGAUUGGGAUGGGUUCCACUAUAUUGGACGAUGUCAAAAUUGGGAAGAAUGUUUUAGUCGGUGCAAAUUCACUUGUCACCAGUCGCACAGUCAUCCCAGACAAUUCACUCGUUAUGGGUUCGCCAGCAAAAGUCGUCAGGCCACUUAAAGAAAAAGAGUUGGAAUAUUUGAAGGAGAACGUUAGAGAGUACACUGAAGCUAUCAAAGGAUAUGACUUGCCACAACCACAAAACUUAUAA